GCGGAGGGAGAGAGAGGUCAGGCAGACAGACUAGAGGGGAUUUUGUUUUGAUUUGCAGCAUUGUGCGGUGACCCCUCCCCUGGGCUCGGUGGAGUGGCCACGGCCCGACACCGUUAUAAAAAGCCCGGUCGGCUCACCCUGCUCUGGCAUAGAGGCUGAAUGUCUGCAGGACAUGCUUAACGUUUGUCUAUCUAUCCAUGUUAUUCUACUAAUCACUAGCAGGGUUGGUAUACAUAGAUGCACAGAGGCUCACUUCGCCGCAUCGACCAGCAGCUCUCUAUGAAUGACAGACUGCACUAAAAAAGCCUCACAGCCACAUUACCUGACCAGUCUGCGGAUCCCACGCGUACAGAGAGUUGUAUGUGGAGCAGUGUACGUGCUGUCCCACUCGGGUUUAGAGAGACAGUCUCUGUUGUAGGAACAAUUUGUCGUAGUUUGCGUGCUGUCUGUCUUCCAACGUUCUUCCAUCCUCAGUGAUCAAGAAGACCCACCAAAGGAGCUUAUUCCAAAGGAGAACACUCCUUUCAUCAGAUUUUUCGUCGGAAGAGUCUCUUGCAACCUUUCCAUCCCUCCAUUGUUUUUCUUUGGUUGAUCAUUAUGUGGGAGUUCCGGUCCAUGUCGUUCUGGCGGGCGGUCUUCGCCGAGUUCUACGGCACCAUGUUCUUCGUGUUCUUCGGGUUGGGCGCAGCCUUGCGCUGGACCACCGGGCCGCACAACGUUCUCCACGUAGCCUUCUGCUUCGGGCUGGCCGCGGCCACACUCAUCCAGUCAAUCGGCCACAUCAGUGGAGGACACAUCAACCCGGCGGUCACCUUUGCCUACCUGAUCGGCUCCCAGAUGUCCCUGUUCCGUGCUUUCUUCUACAUGGUGGCCCAGUGUCUGGGAGCCCUGGCCGGAGCCGCGGUGCUGUACGGCGUCACCCCUAACAACAUGAGGGGCAACCUGGCACUCAACACGCUGCAGCCGGGCAUCAGCCUGGGCAUGGGCACCACCAUGGAGGUGUUCCUCACCAUGCAGCUGGUGAUCUGCAUCUUCGCCGUGACCGACGAGAGGCGCAACGGCCGCCUGGGCUCUGCCGCCCUGUCCAUCGGCUUCUCUGUGCUCAUGGGACAUCUUCUUGGGAUGUACUACACCGGAGCAGGAAUGAACCCAGCCAGGUCCUUCGCCCCUGCCGUCUUGGUCAGGAAUUUCGUCAACCACUGGGUGUACUGGGUGGGACCCAUGAUUGGUGGAGCCAUGGGAGCUCUGGUGUACGACUUCAUGCUGUUCCCCCGCAUGCGCAACCUCUCCGAGAGGCUGGCCACGCUGAAGGGAACCCGGCCCCCAGAGGCUGAGGGCCAGCAGGACCCCAGGGGGGACCCCAUCGAGCUCAAGACCCAGGCCCUAUAAGCCCGGGAACACCGAGAUAUCCACUUUCUUACAACCCUCUCCCCCUCGACCUUCAUCCACCAACCCACACUCUAAAGCUCCUUGCCCCAUCCAUCCUCAAAGCAUACGUUUACGUCCCCGUCCCCCCCCCGUCCCCCCCCAUGGCUCGAGACAAAGACCUCCACCUCCCCCCUAUGUCAGACCCACCAAUGGCCAUACCUAGACCCCUGGUGUCUUUUACAGAGUAGUCGAACUAUGCUGUUACCCCCCCCCCCCCCUUCAAAAAAAGAACAUUUACAUUGAUCUGAUGAUUGAUCCAAUUUUCUCUCUCACCCCCUUCUCUGUCUUUCCCUUUCGACCUCUCUUUUAUCUGCUAGGAGUGAUGCUACAUUAGGGCAGUUCUGCAUGCGUUCUGCAUGUUUUUUCCAGUUUUUAUCCAGUUUUCGUUUUGUUCACAACAUCUUUGGGUAAAUUAUCAUGUUUUUUACUUUCCAGAAGUUUCCAGGUUUUUUUUGACUGCAAAUAUUUCAUUUUUUUUACGUGUGUUGAGGGCGUGCGUGUGCGUGCAUGCGUGUGUGUUUGUGUGUGUGCGUGUGUGUGUGUGUGUGGCUGUAUGUGGUUGUCCCCAAUCAAAAGUUUUUAUUUUGAGGCUAUUGUGGCCAAAACAUCCUAUUUGUUCGAUGCUUUUGUGUUUUAAUUUAACGCGCAAGUUUAUUUGAGAGAAUAUGCAGCCUUGCCUCCCGCUAACUUAAUAGUUUAACCAGCGCAACAUCCAGUAUUUUUGAGGAUCUUUUCUUUAGAUAGGAUGAUGUUAAGCCUUUUAAUCCAAUUCCCAUAAUUACAUAAAUAAUGCAACUUCUGGGCACGCACACACAUUUAUAUGAAAAUAAACACACAAAUCAGUCAA